UGAGCGGAGGCAAAAGAUUCAUGAAUCUUCAUCAACGAAAAUGUGUAUAAGAACACCGCUUCGCGCCGAAGACAAUGUAAUCUUCUCUCAUCAUCGCAUCAUCAGUUCACUUCCAGCUUCUCAACUCCUCAAGAUCCUUCUUCUUUCACUUCUUCCCUGCCGGUCAGGUAUUUUCAAGCAUAUAAUCCUAGGCCUUCUUUACCUACCUAGUCCAUACCGACCUUCAUACAUAAACAAUAAUGUCUUCAUUCAAAGCCAUCGUCGCCUUCGGCCUCAUCGCCACCGCCCAGCUAGCUGCUAGCCACGGCGUGAUCACCAAUGCCACUGGAAACGCCGGCGGGUCUGGUAUGGCUCUAGGCGUCGACCCAGACACCCCCCGCGACGGAACCCGACGCAACCCCUUCCAGCAAGACAGCACGCGUUUCCGCGGCGCCUCAGCCGACACCUUCGGCGAGACCAUCGGCGCCGGAGCCAACGACCUCGAAGCCGGAACGCAAGCGAUCAUGGCCAUGACCGGCGACUCCCUUCCCCAAGUCACCGCAGGCGGGCAGGUGAAGAUGACGCUUCAUCAAGUAAACGCCGACGGCGCGGGCCCGUACACAUGCAUGAUCAGCGCGGACGCAAGCGGCCAGGACUGGACCGAUAUCAAAGUCACGCAGUCUCCCCCCGGAAAGAACUCCCGUGAUCGGGAUGGCAAUGAGACGGAUUUCCCGCUGACGGCUGCCAUUCCGGCGGGUCAGACGUGCACUGGUACCGUGGCUGGUCAGGACAACGCGUGUCUUGUGCGAUGCCAGAACGGUGCUAGAGCGGGUCCGUUUGGAGGUGUUGUUCCUGUUCAGAUGGCCAGCGGCAACGCAACCUCCGCCGCGACAACGCGCCGGAAUCUAGCCCGAGCCAUCAGGAGGAACGCAGCUCGCGCCAUGCAAAAGGAGUAAUUGACAUCCACGACCACCCAACCUCCCGGCCCCACCUGACGCCCUUCUCAUGUUCCCGGGAUCGGAGCGGAGCGACGAUAUCCGGAGACUUAUCUCUUCACAUGCCUCGAUAUAUGUAUGAACAUUGGAGCAUUCGGUGGGCGAGGACAGUGAAAAGCCUUAUUUCGUUCUAGAAUUUGUAGUUUGGAGGAUUUUAUAUAAUUAGAUA